AUGUAUGAAUUUUACAGACAAUCGGUCAUUGGCCGAGCCCUUGUUGAUAUUAUAGACGAAAAAGUUAGACAAAAUUUGCUUACCCCUAAACAGGCGAAGUUUAUACUAGAAAAAUUUGAUGAAAGUAUUCCCAUUGUGUUUAAUAGAUCAGUUACUGGAACACUAAGUUUUAAAGGAAAAAUAUGCUCUUAUAAUCACGUAGAAGGGGUAUGGAAAUUCAUAGCUAAAAAUUUUUGUAUGUAUGUAAACAAUGAAUACUAUAAGACUAAUUUAAUAAAAAUUGUAGCAUGUGAUGCAGAUACAAAUGCUGAAGUUACGAGAAGAAGGAAAAAAAAGAAUUUAUAA